UUAACUCAAAAGCUGUCAGUUCCAGAGAACCAAACCAAAAAGCCAACCUCACACACACAUAUUUUGUUUCUACAGCGUUUCUUUUGUUCGCCUAUUCAAACACAUGAUCUUCUCGUUUUCUGUUGCUUAGACAAUAAUUCGUGGACAGCCCAAGUGAAGCGGAAACAAAGUCAAGGAUCUCCCAGAUGGCUUCUCAGAGCAAGAGCAACGGAAUAAGCAACAAGGUGACCACCGUGGUGGCCACGAAUGCCUACGGUGCGGACGUGAUGAGCGAGAUCAGCUACACGGACGCCAAAGUGGUGGGCAAUGGCAGCUUCGGUGUGGUCUUCCAGGCCAAAAUGGUGCCCAGCAACGAGCCGGUGGCUAUCAAGAAGGUCCUGCAGGAUCGUCGCUUCAAGAAUCGGGAGCUUCAAAUCAUGCGUAAGUUGCGCCACGACAACAUCAUCACGCUCAAGUGGUUCUUCUACUCGAGUGGCGACAAACGGGAUGAGGUUUACCUAAAUCUGGUGAUGGAGUACCUACCGGAGACUCUCUACAAAGUGGAACGCCAGUAUGCCAGGGCCAAGCAGACUUUGCCCGUCAACUUUGUUCGACUGUAUAUGUACCAGUUGCUGAGGAGCAUGGCGUAUCUCCACAGCCUGGGAUUCUGCCACCGGGAUAUCAAACCCCAAAAUAUGCUUCUCGAUUCGGAAACGGGCAUUUUGAAGCUCUGCGAUUUCGGCAGUGCAAAGCAGCUGGUCUCCGGGGAGCCCAAUGUCUCGUACAUCUGCUCCAGGUAUUAUCGCGCCCCGGAGUUGAUAUUUGGUGCCACGGACUACACCACCAAGAUCGACAUUUGGAGCGCCGGCUGUGUGAUGGCGGAGCUCCUCCUGGGCCAGCUCAUCUUCCCCGGGGACUCGGGUGUGGACCAGAUUGUGGAGAUCGUGAAGGUUAUGGGUACUCCCACCUCCGAGCAGCUGCAUGACAUGAAUCCCCACUACAAGCAGUUCAAGUUGCCGCAGCUAAAGCCACAUCCGUGGGCCAAGGUAUUCAGGAUUCGCACCCCGGCGGAGGCUAUAGAUCUGGUCUCCAAGAUGCUUAUUUACUCCCCCCAGCACAGAGUUUCCCCGAUGAUGGGUUGUGCCCAUCCGUUUUUCGACGAACUUCGUCACGAUCCUCACCAGCAGCUGCCCAAUGGCAGGAGUCUCCCUCCGCUGUUUAACUUCACCGACUACGAGAAAACCAUCGAGCCUGAUACCAUGCCGCUGCUGCAACCGCGACCACAGGGAUCGUCUUCCACCAAGGAUUCGAACACUGGCCACCGGACCCGCAACACUGCCGGGGAGGAGAGCCCUCGCAAAUCGGAGGCUAUGCAAACAGCCAUCAGCAGUUCUUCUAAGUCCCCGGAAGCCUCGAGCAAGGCACUCGGAUCCCCGCCUGCUUUUUUGCGACACGACUUGGGAAACGGCGACCAUGUGGCCGUGGGCGCUGUGCCAAUGGAUUCCCUCAAUCUGGAGCAGGAUAAUUUGGGGGAAAGCGAUGAAGCCGAUGAGGAUGUCGAGGAUAAUAUUGACGAGGAUGCCGGGGACGAAAAUGAUUACGACGACGAUGAUGACGGGCAGUUCAAUAGCGCCGAUAGCAACAACAUCAGCGAUGACAUGGAAGAUGCAUCCGAUGACGAGGACCUCGAAGAAGAGGAGGAUGACUAAACUUUCACUACAGACUUUGAAUUGAAUUCUUUUAAGAGCCUGCCUGCCAGAGCCAUCACAACCAGACAAUAAAAUGUAAGAAUACAAUAAUAA